AAGAAGUGUGAAUCAUCGCCAGCCAUUGAGUGAAAAAACAAGAGUGAAAAUUGAAAAUUUCAUAAGAAUUUAAAAUCAUUUUGAUACAUAAAAAUAUCAAUAAGGAACAUAAAGAAUGAAGAGAUGUCACGAAAUCGACAAGUUUUCUGAUCAAAACGAUUAUAUAAGCUUAAAUUGCAAUGAUGAAAUUCCUAGCUUUAAUCUAGGAUUCUCAUUUGAAUCUGCUUUCAUGGAUUCAUUUACAAACCUUAACGAUCCGUAUUACCCUGCGUUCCAAAGUAACCAGUCGUUCUUUGAAGAUAUCGAUUCCAUACUGUCAUCAUUGGAAAACGAAAAUCUAGAAAUUGGCCAAGAAAAUCUCUCAAAUAAUAUUCUACAAGAUUCUUCGACAGCUGCAUCAAAUUUGAAUCCACAAAGCACUGAGAAUGAGAUAAUUUUAGCUGCUUAUUUGAUGGAUAAUGUUCUGACAAAAGAUGAUGUUGAAGUGCUUACAAAUAGGAUUUUGGAUUUGAUUGACGGAUUUAAAGAUUCUGAAUGGCGACCAAAACAUUUAUCUAGCAAUUCCGAAGGUGGUUGUUGGAUCAGCAAAUGGGCUAAUAUACCAUCAACAGAAUGGUUUAUGAAAAUCAUGUCAGAAACACCAAUUUUGAUUAACAAUGUUGACUAUCGUCUGAAUAUCGUUCCAAACAAGAGCUUGCCGAAAUAUAAAGCAGAUGCUCUAAUUAAAGGAAAAAUUAUUAGCGAUGACAAGAUUUUAGCACGUUUUGCAAAGCAGAACAAAGAAAUCGAUUUAAGCACAUCUCGUUGGACUGAUCUUGAGUGCAUUCCUGCAGGAAUUAAUAAGUACAAAUUGUGCCUUGAAAUCGAUCUGUUGAGUUCUAAAAUAAUUAAAGCAAACGGAUCGAAACUGUUCUUUGGAAUGGAAGCUGUGAAAUUUAAUAUUCACGAUAAACUGGAAUUUGCUGCUAUGGACAUCAUCUCUAUGGAGCAAGAACAGUUGAAUUAUUAAAUAAUUUAUAAUAAAUACCUUGAACUAUUUUUUAUAUCCGUAUAUGAAUUUAUGUCUUAUUCUAUUAGAUUAGAAGCUAUCAAAUAAAUAAUAUACGCCAAAACUGCAU